ACCGUACGUGCCCUAUAAAAGAAUAGCUGUAAGGCUAUGCAGAACAUCAUUUUAAGUGAUUUGUGUUAAGAGCAACCGGUACGAUGGACCCACAAACGAUAGGGUUAGUUGAGAAUGAUAUAGCUGAAUCGGUGAAGUGUUACAUUCAGGACAAACGAAAUCGAGUAAAUGGAAAAUUUAGACUUGUUUCUUACCAAGUGAGACGGCUGAGUGAAGAACCGGUCGGUUAUUUGGGCGAUCACUAUCUGUUGGAUGUAAAUUUGCGUGAAAAAAUGGUCCAUUAUUCACCGGAAGAGGAAGAAAAAUACGCAGAAGAAGAGUAUAUUAGCUUCUUCGUGAAAGUUAUCCCCGAUAACGUGCCAAAGCUAGCCGAUUACAUCAAGGAAAUGGGUUGCUUUCGGAAGGAAAUAUUGCUAUACAAGCACGUUAUUCCGCGGCUCCAGGACGUUAUGAUUGGCACACGGCCAUUUGUUUCUACUGCAUACUUCACAAAGGGUGAUAGAAUGAUUGUGUUUGAAAAUUUGACUUCGGAAGGCUACAGCAUAGUGGAGCAUACAAAACAUCUGCUUGACUUCGAACAUCUGAAAGUGGCGCUGCAGGCCGUUGCUAAGCUACAUGCAUCGUCUCUCAUUCUGGAAGAACGUUCAAAAACGCCAAUUCCAAAGCUUUUCGUUGGCUAUCUGAAUGAGAACGCAUAUGUAGAUGAUGAUGACCAUGUACGCAAGAUAAACCUGGAGAACGCGAUACAAGUGCUGUGUGAGAUGAUCAAGCGAAUUGAGAAAUACGCCAGCUCAGAGAAAUUAGAUGAAAUAUUGCUUAAAGUGCCCGAUGUAAUACGCAAAAUAUAUGACUUUUCCAAGCCGUCGACAGUCUUCCGCAACGUGUUAAAUCAUGGUGAUCUGUGGUGUAACAACGUAAUGUUUCGAUACGAAAUGAUACCAACGAGCGUGGACAGUAGUUGCAUCAAUACUGAAGGGCACCUACCUGAAGGACGCAAAGUGACAUCGGACCGUGAGGAUCAAGCCGAAACCGGAAAAGACGCAGACGUUUCAAACAGCGCUCUGUUCGUCACCAACGCAAACCACGAAUCCAGGAGGCUUAUUCCAGUAGAGGCGAAACUUGUUGACUUCCAGUUGGCCCGAUUUGCUCCUCCUGCCUUGGAUGUUUGGACGCUUAUUAUGCUUUGCAGUACGCGCGCGUUUCGACAGCAACAUUUAACAGCUUUGUUGGAUUCUUAUUAUCAAGCUUUAGGUGAUCUUUUACUAUCGAAUAGCAGUAUGAAUAUUGAACAGAUAAUAUCACGCAACGAAUAUAGUGCUUCGUGUGACUGUUUUGCAUUGGCUGGACUUAUCGAGUCUUUGCUCUUCAGCCAUCUUACACUGCUACCGAAGCAAGCUGCCAAAGAUAUGUUGAAUUGUUCGGAAAAUUUUGAUAAUUUCUUACGUGGCGAUGGAAAACUCCACAUCUGCUUACGGUACUUCGAGCAAGACACUAACUAUCGGAAUAGAAUGACCGAAAUGUUGGAAGAAUUGGUUGAAUCUUUGAAGUAGUGUUUAAAAUAACUAAGUGCGUGUAUUUGAACCACUCGAUACAAUCGUGAUGCUAUCGCUACAUGCAACAAUCAAUAAAUCACGAUAUCAUCUUACUUGACUGCAAUCUAUACAAUAGUUGCGUGUGGCUCAGGUGAGACAGAUACUGAUCAGGAUAAUUAGACUAUGUGUUUGUGUCAUUUUCGGUAGUAGCUUUAUGAAUAGUGGAAAAAUGCGUUAGUUCCAAUGUUGUUCAUGUUCGAGUUAGUUCUGCACGUAGCACCAACCAUGCGAUUCACUGAAAUUGUAAAAGAAUAUUUAAUUAAUUCCA